UUCUGCAGCACGCUCAAGCCCGUUGAGAAAGUUCUCCGGGAUUCCAAGAUCGACAAGGCCAAUGUCCACAAAAUCAUUCUGGUCGGUGGUUCUACUUGUAUUCCCCAUAUCAUCAAGCUCAUGUCUGACUUCUUCAAUGGCAAGGAGCCCAACAAGAGCAUCAACCCUGAUGAGGCUGCUGUUGUUUAUAGUGCCACCGUCCAGGAUGCCAUCCUUUCUGGUGACACUUCUGAGAAGACUCAGGACCUCUUGCUUCUCAAUGUUGCUCCUCUGUCCCUCGGGAUUGAUACC